ACAUACUGGUUAUAGGUUAUAAGGGUUAUAAACAAACAGUUUAUUCAAAUGAGACGCAAAGGUAAUUUAUCUGGAGGGUUUUAAAAUACAUACUUGAAAUUAAAAGAGAUUAAAAACAAACAUCAUGAGUAAACGUAAAAAUCCUUCAGGCAAAGAAAAUCCCAACCACGAAAUUUGUGAAAUAUUAUCUGAACUUGCUGAAUACGAAAAAAAUGUUUCACGUAAUAUUUACAAAUACAAUGCGUACAGAAAAGCAGCAAUGGUUAUAGCCACUCACCCUAAAAAACUUCAAUCAGGUGAAGAAGCGAAACAUUUAAAGGGAGUCGGAGAAAAGAUCGCAAAAAAGAUUGAUGAAAUACUAAGUACUGGCAAGUUAAGGAAAUUGGAAGAGAUUCAUUCAGAUGAUGCUAGCAAUGCAAUCACUUUACUUACUAGAGUCUCAGGUAUUGGUCCUGCUAAAGCUAGACAACUAGUCGAUCAUGGAAUAAAAACAAUUGAGCAAUUAAAAAAACAUAAAGACAAAUUAAAUCAUCAUCAAUUAAUUGGGCUUAAAUAUUUUGAAGAUUUUGAGAAAAAAAUACCAAGAAAAGAAAUAGAAGAAAUGGAGAAAAUCAUCAAAGAAGAAGUUCAUAAACUGGAUGGAGACUACAAAAUUACUAUUUGUGGAAGUUAUAGGAGAGGGAAAUUGGAAAUCAGCGAUAUAGAUAUUUUAGUUACCCAUCCAAAAUACUCAAGUUCUGACCAUGAGCAUCACAAAAAGAAUACAUAUUUGGAAAAUAUUGUGGAAUGUCUUAAAAAAUAUGGACUCAUAACAGAAACAAUAUCUUUGGGAGAAUCAAAAUUUAUGGGGGCAUGUAAAUUAAAAGAAGAUACACCUACAAGACGAAUUGAUAUCAGAUUUAUGCCUUGUGAUCAAUAUUAUUGUGGGAUAUUAUACUUUACAGGUUCCAAUUUGUUUAAUCAAGAAAUGAGAGCUCAUGCCCAUGAAGAAGGAUUUCUUUUAAACGAAUAUGCAUUAAAGCCCCUGGGAAGCACAGGCACUCCUGGUGAACCUGUUGAGAUUCAUUCCGAGAAAGAUAUUUUUGAAGCAAUUAAUUAUCCUUAUAAAAAACCUGAAGAAAGAAAUAUUUAACUUUUAUUUUAUUGCGUUUUACAUGAUGUAUUUGUAAUAUUGUUAGUUAUUUUUAGAUGUGUUACCUACUGUAUAAAAUAUUUUGAAAUA